AUGCUUCAGGAGUUUACCGAGGUGCAUCCAGCAGCUCCGGUGCAGAAUUCUUCUCCUCAACAGUCUCGGCCAAAGUGGGAACCCCCUCCUCCGUCACUCCUUAAGAUUAAUUUUGAUGGUGCAGUCUUCAGAGAAACAGAGGAAGCUAGGUUAGGAGUGGUUGUCCGGGAUUCUCAUGGUCAGGUGCCUGCAUCCUUGGCGAAGAAGAUCGAGCUUCCAUCAUCCUCAUACGAAGUUGAAGCUCUAGCAGCUGUUCGAGCUAUCACCCUUGCUAUGGACCUCAACCUACCCUCUUUCAUUGUCGAGGGAGACUCGGAGGUGGUUAUUUCAGCCUUAAGAAGUGAAGAGGAAUCUCUCUCAUCUUUUGGUCAUCUGAUUUCUUCUAUUAAGCACUAUUUAGUUUCUUGUAAUUGCAUUUCUUUCUUUCACAUUCGUAGGUCAGGAAACUCAGUUGCUCAUUUUUUAGCAAAACACGCAAAAACUAUUGAUGGUGUUUCUAUGUGGAUGGAGGAUGUUCCACCACAAGUUGUUGAUGUACUUUUAGCCGAUUUUGGCUGA